AUGUUGCCUCUCAGAAAACAGGCGCCGGCUCUCUUCUUAUGGCUCCGCUGUGGUCGAAUCACCUCGAACCCAAUGCAGAUGGCGUCCGGUACGUCUUCCGAGGAGAAGCACGGGAAUGAGCAGCUGCAACACCACGCCGGCUCAACAGACCUUCUCUCGUCUUCAGAGCCCGAUAGCUCUCGCGAGGCGGAGAAACAGCCGCAGCACGACGUCCAGCUUACGGUGCACUGGGAUGAGCCGGAAGGCCAAGACCCGGAGAACCCCAUGAACUGGCGGCCGUUGGUGAAAUGGGCCAACAUCCUCACCAUCUCCGUCAUCAGCUUCCUGGUACCCCUCGUGUCGUCAAUGCUCGCGCCGGCGGUGCCGCAGGUCAUGGCCGAGUUCCAGACCACCUCGGCGACGUUCGCGACCUUUGUCGUGUCCAUCUUCGUGCUGGGCUUCGCCUGCGGGCCGCUGCUGCUGGCGCCGCUGAGCGAGCUCUACGGCCGUGUGCCCGUCUACAACGCGACCAACGUGCUGUUCCUGGCCGCUACCAUCAUGUGCGCCGUCUCGCACGGCGAAAGCAUGCUGCUCUUCUCCCGCUUCCUGUCCGGCUUCGCCGGCGUAGCCACCAUCACUAUCGGCUCCGGUACCAUCGCCGACCUGAUGCCGCGCGACGAGAGAGGCAGGGCCGUGUCUAUCUGGUCCGUCGGCACCAUCCUCGGCCCCAUGGUCGGUCCCGUCAUCGGCGGCUCCGUGACGGAGAGACUGGGCUGGAGGUGGAUGUUCUUCGUGAUCUCCAUCGUCAUCGGGGUCGUUUGCAUCAUCGCGUUCCUCGUCCUGAGAGAAACGUAUCCGCCCGUGCUACUGGAGAGAAAAGCAGCGAGGAUCCGCAAAGAAACAGGAAACCCUAAUUACCGGUCCAGUCUCACGCCCGACUACACACCCGGGGAGCUCUUUAGACGCAGCAUAGCGCGCCCGAUGCGGCUGCUCCUCUGCUGCCCCUUCGUCACAGUCCUGUGCGCCUAUGUCGCCGUCCUCUACGGCACCCUCUACCUCCUCUUCGCCACCUACUCGUUCGUCUUCACCGAGGUGUACGGCUUCUCCACCGUCGCCGUCGGCCUCGUCUUCCUUCCCGGGGGCCUCGCCACGCUAUGCGGCGCCUUCUACGUUGGCGCCUUCAGCGACAGGACGCUCAAACGGCGCGCGGCCGCCCGCGGUGUCAACGCGCCUGAGGACCGACUCGCGCCCAUCAUUACGUUACCCGGGGCCCUGGCCUUCCCUGCGGGCUUAUUCGCCUACGGCUGGCUUGUCGAAGGACACAUCCACUGGGCCGCUCCACUUGCUGGCACGGCCGUGACCGGGUUUGGGUCCAUUCUCGUCUUCACGGGCAUUCAAACAUACCUCAUCGACGCGUUCGAGGGGUACGCUGCCAGCGCCGUGGGCGCCAACGCGGUACUCAGGGGCAUUGCGGGCGCUGUCAUCCCGCUCAGCGGCCUUGGUCUGUACGAACGCCUCGGAUGGGGAUGGGGGAACAGCCUGCUGGCGUUCUUGGCGAUGGCGCUCGCCCCUUUGCCGUUGGUGUACGGCGUGUAUGGCGCCAGGAUCCGGAACAUGCCAUGCAACAAGGUGACUUUCUGA